UUUUGUCUGGAAAUUCCGGAUGCCGCAGAAGCCCCAGCGCUGCUCCUCAGAUCCUGGGGUUGGAUUGUGCCUCCCUGAAGCUAUGCUGCCAGAGUGCACUAUGGGUUUACAAGAGCAACAAAAGAUGAAUAAAUCCCUGGAGUUGGUAUCAUUUGAGGAUGUGACUGUGGACUUCACCUGGGAGGAGUGGCAGGACCUGAAUGAUGCUCAGAGGACUUUGUAUAGGGAUGUGAUGCUGGAGACCUACAGUAACCUGGUGUCCCUGCAUGUCCUGAUAGGUGAUGACCUCAUGGAGAGGAACCAAGAAAGUCAUGGUAGAUGCUUGCAGCAAAUUGUAAUCACCAAUAGCAGCACAUCAGCUGAGGAGAGUGUUGUAUUAGGCAAAUCAUUUUAUUUGAAUUCAUGUCAUGUUUUAAAUCUGAUUAUAAAUAACGGAAAGUAUUCAGAAAAGGGAAAUGAGGAGUUUUACAUAUGUCAGAAUACACUUCUUCAUAGAGAACCUGAUGAGAUGCCUGCUGGAGAGAAACCUGAGGACCAUCAUAUAACUGGAAAAUUGCCCAGACAUUGUGAGCCUCUUAGUCAGCAUCACAAUAUUCAAACUUGGAAGCAGCUUUCAGAAUACAGUGGAAAAGCAAAAUCCUCCAACACAGAGCCAAUAUUUAAGCAUAAAAAGAUUCACAUGGAUGAGAACACCUAUAAGUAUAGUGAAUAUGGGAAAGGCUAUGGUAAGUCAGCUGUCAUUGUCCAGGAAAUAAGUCAGGUAGAAAGGAAAACUUUUCCAUGUGGUAUAUGUGGGAAAAUGUUCUAUAGAAAGCCUGAACUCACUAAACAUCAGAUUAUGCACACGGGAGAGAAACACUAUAAAUAUACUGAAUCUGGGAAGUCUUUUAUUAAGAAAUUAUACCUUACCUCACAUCAGAGAACACCUACAAAGGAGAGCCUUUAUGGUUGUAAUGAAAAUGAGAAAAUUUUUUGUCAGAAGGCAGACCUUACAAUGCACCAGGGAACUCAAACAGGAGAAAUGUACUAUGGAAGUAUUAACUGUGGAAAAAGCUUCUGUAAGAAUCCAGUCCUCAGCCAUCCUGAUAGAAUUCACACAGGUGAAAUAGCAGAUGGAUGUAAUGACUGUACAAAAUUUUUCUACCAUGAGUCUGCUCUCACUGUGUAUCAGAGAGUUCACCCCAAUGAGAAACCAUGUAAAGAAUAUAAAAAAGCAUUUUACAGUAAUAAAUGUGGUAAAACCUUUCUCCAAAAGUCACACUGUAGCAGUCAUCAGAGAAUUCACACAGGUGAGAAACCACACGAAUGUUGGGAAUGUGGAAAAACUUUUAACCAAGAGUCAAGCCUCAGUAUUCAACCCAGAACUCACACAGGUGAGAAUCCGUAUGAAUGUAGAGAAAGUGGAAAAGCUUUUAACCAAAACUCAGAUUUCAGCUUGCAUGAGAGAAUUCACACAUGUGACAAACCAUAUGAAUGUAGAGAAUGUGGAAAGACUUUUAAGCGAAAGUCACACCUCAGCCGGCAUCAGAAAAUUCAUACAGGUGAGAAACCUUAUGAGUGUAAAGAAUGUGGAAAAGCUUUUAACCACAAGUUACGGCUCAGUAUUCAUCAAAGAAUUCACACAUGUGACAAACCAUAUGAAUGUAGAGAAUGUGGAAAAGCUUUUAACCGAAAGUCACACCUCAGCAGGCAUGAGAGAAUUCACACAGGGGAGAAACCAUAUGAAUGUAGAGAAUGUGGAAAGACUUUGAAGCGAAAGUCACAGCUCAGCAUUCAUCAGAGAAUUCACACAGGUGAGAAACCAUAUGAAUGUAGAGAAUGUGGAAAAACUUUUAACCAAAAGUCACAGCUCAGCAUUCAUCAGAGAACUCACACAGGUGAGAAACCAUAUGAAUGUAGAGAAUGUGGAAAAACUUUUAACCAAAAGUCACAGCUCAGCAUUCAUCAGAGAACUCACACAGGUGAGAAACCAUAUGAAUGUAGAGAUUGUGGAAAAACUUUUAACCAAAAGUCACACCUCAUCACUCAUCAGAGAACUCACACAGGUGAGAAACCAUAUGAAUGUAGAGAAUGUGGAAAAACUUUUAACCACAAGUCAGACCUCAGCAGGCAUGAGAUAACUCAUACAGGUGAGAAACCAUAUGAAUGUAAAGAAUGUGGAAAAGCUUUUAACCGAAAGUCACAGCUCAACAUUCAUCAGAGAAGUCACACAGGUGAGAAACCAUAUGAAUGUAAAGACUGUGGAAAAGCUUUUAACCGAAAGUCACACCUCAGCAGGCAUGAGAGAAGUCACACAGGUGAGAAACCAUACGAAUGUAGAGAAUGUAGAAAGGCCUUUAGCCUAAAGUCAUACCUCAGCAUUCAUCAGAGAAUUCACACAGGUGAGAAACCAUAUGAAUGUAGAGAAUGUGGAAAAACUUUUAACCAAAAUUCAAAGCUCACGAUUCAUCAGAGAAUUCACACCGGUGAGAAACCAUAUGAAUGUAAAGACUGUGGAAAAGCUUUUAGCCUAAAGUCAUACCUCAGUAUUCAUCAGAGAAUUCACACAGGUGAGAAACCAUAUGAAUGUAGAGAAUGUAGAAAGACUUUUAAGCGAAAGUCACAGCUCAGCAGGCAUCUGAGAAGUCACACAGGUGAGAAAGCAUAUGAAUGUAGAGAAUGUGGAAAGACUUUUACCCGAAAGCCACACCUCAGCAGGCAUCAGAAAAUUCACACAGGUGAGAAUCCAUAUGAAUGUAAAGAAAGCAGGAAAGCUUUUAAGCAAAAUUUAAGUGGCUAUGAGAGGAUUCACACAUGUGAGAAACUGUAUGAAUGUAGAGAAUGUGGAAAAACUUAACCAAAAGUCACACCUCAACAGGCAUCAGAGAAGUCAUACAGGUGAGAAACCAUAAAUGCAAAGGAUGGAAAAGCUUUUAACCACAAGUCAUACCUCAGCUGGCACCAGAAAAUUCACAGAGAUGAGAAACCAUAUGAAUGUAAAGA